ACUCUGAACUCCCCUUGUCUUUUCCCUUCCUGCCACCGUCACCAGCUCCUCCUCCACGGCUCCACCUGCGCCUGCAACUGCACCACCACCAUCCUCUCCUUAAAUAAAAAAAAACCUAACACCUCUCAUCUCAUUUCACACAGAGAUAGAUAGACAGCUGACAGACAGGUCAAAAAAAGAAAGGAAAAUUUUCAAUUUUAAAACACUGGCUACUCUGCAUCUGCUCUCUCUCUCUCCAUCAACAACAAGAGCACUGAAAAACCCAAAAACACUUCCUUCUUUACUCUUCACUUCACCCCAGAGACCUCUCUUGAAAACCCCAUAAGAAAACAAAGAAGAAGAGCAGUGCUUCUGCAGCUUCAGAGGUUCAACUAAUAAGUCCUCCCUGUCUCUAUACAUUCUACACAUGCAAUUGGAUUUCCUGUUUUGUCAAUGAGUUGUGUUCUUAUCGAUGUUCUUGGGGGGAAUGGGGUGUCCUGUUUCGCGUCUGGCGGCGAAGUUUGCAUUCUUCCCGCCACGGCCAGCGACUUACCAGGUGCAGAAGCAGGAGGAAGGUGGAAAGGUGGUGGUGAAGUCUUCUGUAAUCCCUCAUGACGAUGCCUCCUUGGACGUCCGGCUGGUUAAGACCAAGCGGGGUAACAAGAUCGUUGCUUUCUACCUCAGGAAUCCUUAUGCUCGACUAACACUGCUUUAUUCCCACGGCAAUGCAGUCGACCUUGGACAGCUCUAUGAGCUCUUCGUGCAGCUUAAAGUCAAUCUCAGGGUUAACAUCAUGGGGUAUGAUUAUUCGGGGUAUGGGGCCUCUACUGGUAAGCCAAGUGAACCCGACACUUAUGCAGACAUAGAGGCAGCAUACGAGUGUCUUCAGACUGAGUAUGGAAUAAGCCAGGAAGACUUGAUUUUGUAUGGGCAAUCAGUUGGAAGUGGGCCAACAUUGCACUUGGCAGCUCGACUACCUAGGCUGAGGGGCGUGAUUCUCCAUAGUGCUAUACUUUCUGGCCUUCGUGUGCUGUGUCAUGUGAAUUUCACAUGCUGCUUUGACAUUUAUAAGAACAUAAACAAAAUUCAAAAGGUGAAGUCGCCAGUGCUUGUUAUCCAUGGUACAGAGGACGAUGUAGUUAAUUGGCUCCAUGGCAAUAGUCUAUGGCAAUUGUCUAGAGAACCAUUUGAGCCCCUGUGGAUCAAGGGAGGUGGACAUUGCAAUUUGGAGCUCUACCCUGACUACAUUCGCCAUGUCUACAAGUUCAUCCAAGAGAUGGAAAAUAUAACCACAGAGAUCCGCUUAAAAAAGAUUCGGCAGAGUCUCCAUCAAAAGAAGAAUUCAAUUAGGUGCUGUGGAAUUAGAUGUUGGCGACCCAAGUGCCCAAAGUGUUUCUGCCAACCCAAAUGCUCAUGCCUCCAGUGUUUUUGCCUACCCAAAUGCUCAUGCCCCGAGUCUUCCUGCCAACCCAAAUGCUCAUGCCUCCAGUGUUUUUGCCUACCCAAAUGCUCAUGCCCUGAGUCUUCCUGCCAACCAAAAUGCUUAUGCCUAGACUGUUUCUGCCAAGCCAAAUGUCCAUCCUCAGACUGUUUGUGCCAACCCAAAUGCCUAUGGUCGGUUUGUCUCUGCCGAUCCAAAUGUGCAGGCCCAGACUGUGUCUGCCAGCCUAAAUGUGCAGGUCCAGAUUGUGUCUGCCAGCCCAAAUGCCCAGGCCCAGAAUGUGUCUGCCAACCGAAGUGUCCACGCCCAGAUUGUGUCUGCCAACCCAAAUGCCCAAUCAGAGAAUGUGUCUGCCAGCCCAAGUGUCCACGCCCAGAUUGUGUUUGCCAACCCAAAUGCCCGCGCCCAGAUUGUGUCUGCCAACCCAAAUGUCCGCGCCCAGAUUGUGUUUUCCAACCCAAAUGCCCAGGCCCAGAUUGUGUCUGCCAACCAAAAUGCCCACGCCCAGAUAGUGUUUGCCAACCCAAAUGCCCAGGCCCAGAAUGUGUCUGCCAACCAAAAUGCCCAGGCCCAGAUUGUGUUUGCCAACCCAAAUGCCCAGGCCCAGAAUGUGGCUGCCAACCCAAAUGCCCAGGCCCAGAAUGUGUCUGCCAACCCAAAUGCCCAGGCCCAGAAUGUGUCUGCCAACCCAAAUGCCCAGGCCCAGAAUGUGUCUGCAAACCCAAAUGCGGAUGCUCACAGUGUCUCUGCCAACCCAAAUGCCCAUGCUCAGGUUGUUGCUGCCAACCCAAAUGCGGAUGCCCAGAUUGCUUUUGCCUACCUAAAUGCCCAGGAUGUUUCUGCCUACCCAAAUGCUCGGAAUGUUUCUGCCUUCCCAAAUGCCUAGGAUGCUCCUGUUUUCCCAAAUGCCCAGGAUGUUCCUGCCUUCCCAAAUGCUCAGAAUGUUUCUGCAUACCCAAAUUCUCAGGAUGUUUCUGCAUUCCCAAAUGCUCAGGAUGUUUCCGGUGGCCAAAAUGUCUAGAAUGUUUUUGCAAGCCCAAAUGCCUAGGAUGUUCAUGCAAGCCCAAAUGCCCGGGAUGUUUGUGCAAGCCCAAAUGCCCAGGAUGUUUGUGCAAGCCCAAAUGCACARGGUGUUUCUGGCGACCAAAAUGCCCAGAAUGUUCCUGCAAGCCCAAAUGCCYAGGAUGUUYMUGCAAGCCCAAAUGCCCAGGAUGUUUSUGCAAGCCCAAAUGCACAGGGUGUUUCUGGCGACCAAAAUGCCCAGAAUGUUCCUGCAAGCCCAAAUGCCCAGGAUGUUUCUGCAAGCCCAAAUGCCCAGGAUGUUUCUGCAAGCCCAAAUGCACAGGGUGUUUCUGGCGACCCAAAUGCUUAGGAUGUUUCUGUAAGCCUAAAUGCCCAGGAUGUUCCUGCAAGCCCAAAUGCACUGGGUGUUUCAGGCGACCCAAAUGCACAGGAUGUUUCUGCAAGCCCAAAUGCGCAGGAUGUUUCUGCAAGCCCAAAGGCUCAAAAUGCUCAAUAUGCAGAUGCAUGAAAUUGUUGUUCUGCGGAUAAUGGUUGGAUGGAAGAUGUUAUUUAUUGUCUGUAUAGUAAUUGCUGAAGUUUCUUUUCUAACCUUGGAAUGUUUUUCUAAGCAUUAUUUUUCCCCAAUUUAUAUCCUUGCCUUAAAUUUAUUGUGGCUUUCGGUGACCCUUUGCAAAUGCCUUAAAUAUUCUUUUUUCAAUCGUUUGUAUAUCCAAGGAAGCUUGAUGCU